AUGUAAAACGAAGAAUUGUAUUAGAUUUUAGCAAUCUCCAAAGAUGUCGAUGAGUAUAUAUUCAGUGGACUUAUUAAAAUGUUUAGAGAAAACAAAAUUUAAGAUUGUAUAGGAUAUCUUUAACAAUAUUAAAAUCAAAAUGAUUUUGAAUAAUAUAUUCCUAGAGGAUGGAAUCUUAAAACUGAAUAAAAACAAAAUUCUAUAAGAAAUAGCAUUAAUUUAACUACUAAAACUAUAAAGGAAAUUAAUGAACAUGACUUUAAUAAAAAUAAUUAUUCAACAGAAUUCUAUAGAGAAACUAGAUAGAAAUUAAUUAAUAAAACAUCAAAUGAUAAAAGGAUUGUCGAAUUUUUUAAAUUUUUAGUUCACCUUACAGCUAUAGAUAAUAAAUUCAUCCAAUGCGGAUCAAAUUCACUUAAUUUAUUAGUUGGGAUGAAGGUUGAUUUAACAAAAACUUGUUUUUAAGAUAUUUAAAUUAAAGAUACUUCAUUGAUUGGAGCAAAUUUUGUAAAAUGUAAUUUAAGUGGAUCUGUUUUUGUGAAUGUAGAUAUUAGUGGAAUCAAUCUUAAUGGAGCUUAAUUAUUUAAUUGUAAAUGGAAUAAUUUGAAAAUACAUGAAUUACAUCAAUUGGAUAGUUGUGUUUUUCCUCAUGGAGAUAGAUCAGUAUCAAGUAAUAAUUUUAAGCCUAUUUGCUUAUUAGAUAUUAAGACUAGAUAAUUACAAGCCAAAUUAAAUGGCUAUACUCAUUAUGGUUAAUCAAUAUGCUUCUCUCCUGAUGGCACUAAAAUAGCUUCUGGUAGUAUAUAUAAGUUUAUCAGAAUAUGGUAUGUUAAGACAGGACAAUAAAUAGCCUAAUUAGAUAGUCAUAGUGAUUAUGUCCGAAUAAUAUGUUUCUCACCUGAUGGUAAUACAUUAGCAUCAGGAAAUUCAGAAUACUCUCUCCAUUUAUUCGAUAUUAAGACUGGAUAAUAAAAAUCAAAAUUAGAUGGUCAUAGUAAUUUUGUCUAGUCAAUAUGCUUCUCUCCUGAUGGCGCAACCUUAGCUUCAGGUAGUGAUGAUAAAUCGAUUCGUCUAUGGAGUAUUUAUACAAGAAAAACCAUAUUUAUAUUGUAAGGACACAGUCAACCUGUAAUUUCAUUAUGCUUUUCUCCUGAUGGUACUAUGUUAGCAUCAGGUAGUUAAGAUGAAUCUAUUCUUUUUUGGAAUGCUAGAACUGGAAAAUAAAAAGCCAAAAUAGAUGGGCAUGCAUCUAAUGUCCAAUCAAUAUGCUUCUCUCUCUAUGGCGGCACUACAUUAGCAUCUGUUUGUGAAGAUAAAUCUAUCCAUUUAUGGGAUGUUCAAUAAAAACAACAAAGAGAAAAAUUAAGUGGUCAUCAAAGAACAGUCUAUGCAGUCUGCUUUUCACCUGAUGGUAGUAUAUUAGCAUCUGGUAGUGCAGAUUGGACAAUCCGUUUAUGGGAUGUUCAAACAGGAAAAUAACAAAGCCAAUUAGAUGAACAAACAGAUUAUGUCUAUUCAAUAUGCUUCUCCCCUAAUGGAACUACAUUAGCAUCUAGUAAUUAGUAUAAUUCUAUUCGAUUAUGGGAUGUGAAGACAGGAUAAUAAAAAGUAGAAUCAGAUGGUCAUAAUAAAAAUGUUAAGUCAGUUUGCUUUUCACCUGAUAGCACUAAAUUAGCAUCUGGGAGCACAGAUAAUUCCAUCUGUUUAUGGGAUGCUAAUUCAGGAAAAUAAAUAAUAAAAUUAGUUGGUCAUACUAGUACUGUUUUUUCGGUAUGCUUCUCUCCUGAUGGUGAAAUUAUAGCUUCUUGUAGUGAUGAUAAGUCUAUCAUUUUGUGGAAUGUUAGCACAGGACAAUAAAAGGCAAAAUUAAAUGUUCAUUCUUACUCUGUCAAUGCGGUCUGCUUUUCCCCUGAUGGUACAACAUUAGCAUCUGGCAGUGAUGAUAUGCCUAUUCUUUUAUGGAAUGUUUAGACAGGAAAACAAAAGGCUAAAUUAAAAGGUCAUACUAGUACUGUUUAUUCAGUUAGUUUCUCACCUAAUGGGAAAAUUUUAGCAUCAAGUAGUGCAGAUAAUUCAAUUCGUUUAUGGGAUGCUAAGACAAAUAAAAUAAUAUUCAAAUUAGUUGGUCAUACUCAUAGUGUCUGGUCAGUCUGUUUUUCACCUGAUAGUUCUACAUUAGCAUCUGGUAGUGUGGAUAAUUUUAUCCUGUUAUGGGAUGUUAAGAAAGGAAAAUAAAAAGCAAAAUUAGUUGGUCAUAAAGGUGCAGUCUAUUCAGUAAGUUUCUCCAGUGAUGGCAAAAUACUGGCAUCUGGAAGUGAGGAUAAAUCUAUUCUUUUAUGGGAUGUUAGCACAGGAAAAUAAAAGGCAUAAUUAGAUAAUCAUAUUCACUAUGUAAAUACAGUCAGCUUCUCUCCUGAUGGUGCUACAUUAGUAUCAGGUAGUGCUGAUGCAUCUAUCCGUCUCUGGAAUAUUAAAAUAGGAUAAUAAUAAUCGUAAUUGGCUGUUCAUGAUAAUGGAGUACUAUCAACAAGCAUUUUUUCUGAAGGUAAUACAUUAGCAUUUAAUAAAGUAGAUCAAUCUAUUAGUUUAUGGGAUUAUAAAACAGGCAAAUAAAUUUUACCCUCAGAUAACUGUUUUAAAAGUAUUAUUUUAUAAUUAAAAUCGCAAAAAAGUUAAACCAAUCUGCUUCCAUUAGAUUGUAUUUAUUUAAUUAUUUUAUAGCCACCUCUAAUAUUACUAUUGCUCUUAUAUCCCAAUAGCUAAUAUUUUAAUCAUAAGGGGCUUUCAUUUUGUAUGGAGAAUUUUUCAAUCAAUCAGGCAUUGAUUUAAGGACAUUAUUCAAAUAAAGAGGAAGUUACAUUUUGGAAAAUUUAAUUGAAUCGUUGUUAACUUAAAAUUGA